AUGGGUUCGGACGACGUCGUAGAUAGCUUGGAGAAAGGGUUACUAUCCGAUACUGCAAAUGAAGCCGAAGAUGAAAUAGUUCUGUAUUCAGCUUCGUUUCAGGAGAUGGAGGAGAAUUAUGUGAAGUUCCGAACAGCACAAUGGCUGCUUUACUCUUUGCUUUUAAUAUUGGCAUGGGGAAUUGGGUUCUUCAUGCUGCUUUAUUUACCAGUCCGAAGAUACAUUUUGCGCAAGGAUAUUCGGUCCAGAAAGCUCUAUCUCACUCCUAAUGCUAUUGUCUACAAGGUUACAAAGCCAGUUCCAUUUCCAAUUUUUGGGGUGCUGAAGAAAGAAAAGCAUGUUUUGUUGCCUUCAGUCGCUGAUGUUGUAAUUGAGCAAGGAUAUCUGCAGUCUCUCUAUGGUGUCUACUCACUUAGAAUAGAGCAUGUUGGUGUCAGAAGGCCGCCAAGCGAUGAUGUUCAAAUCCAUGGCAUUGCAAAUCCCAGUGCUUUCAGGAAGGCUGUCCUCAUGCGCCUGUCAAGCAUGACGAAUGAGGUUUUCUCUAGACAAGUUUCCACGCUUGAAGACAUUCCCAAUUUGAGGCUUCAGAUGUCCCCGUCAAAGCCCCUCAGGUAUGGGGAUCUAACACUACUGCAGAAACUUGAUGAAGUUGGAAGUUCUGUAAAGAGAGUUCAAACAUUACUUGAGGAGCGAAAUCCAACGUCAGAACCUAUAGAAUGA